AUUUAUUCCUCUUUCCAGAUUAUUAUCUUUUUUGAUUAGGCCUAUCAACUGCUGGGAAAUAGGACCUUUCUCCUUAAGGAGAUAUGUGCAUCUUAAUUGUCAUACCCUGGAGGCCUUAAUGUUGGAAACAAGCCUGUUUUUGACAAAAUGACCAUAGUGAUGCGGGGGACUGAAGAAAUGACAAACGAGGAGGCUGAGGCAAAUGAGCAGCGCCUCAACACUGUCAACUACAUGGAUGCCAAUAACACGCUGGAGAGCGAUGAGGGACUUGGGGGCAAUGAAGGUGAAGAAAAUGGUGAAGUAGAUUUGGAACCAAAUUUCCCUCAAACAGAACUGGUGCGGUUGAAUGACAUGAUCAACCGCACUAGAUGGGUUGUCCCUGUCCUUCCUGGUGGAGAACUAGAAAUCCUCUUAAAUGCCUCCAUAGAUCUUUGUAGACGAGGUUUGUGUUGGCUUCCUUGCCUUGGAUUUUUUCUAGCCAAGCAGCAUUAUUUUUAUGAGAAUGGCUUGGACACAAAAAGUGCUGAAUGUCAGCGCUUCUUCAGGGAAGGCCUUACGAUAUCAUUUACAAAGAUAUUGACAGAUGAUGCUGUGACUGGAUGGAAAUAUGAAAUUCAUUCGGCAAUCAUGCGUAACUGUGAUCGUCUAGUUGAACUGUGCGUAUUAAAACUCGAUCAGGAUUGGUUCCCCCUUCUGGACCUUUUGGCUAUGGUCCUCAACCCUGGAAACAAAUUCCAUACCUUCACAAGUAACCGGCCAAGCGAAACAGUGCCCCCUGGAGCUGUAGAAUCAGAUGAGUACUUCGCCCAGCCACAGGAUCCCCGCACACCCCGUGGGUGGCUGGUGGACCUAAUAAACCGAUUCGGCAACCUAGGCGGGUUCCGCAUACUUCUCGAUCGGUUUCAGUCUGGUCAGAACUUGAAUGUCCCCGUGAUCUAUGCGCUUUUGCGCCCCUUCGGCCUCUCCUAUGAACUUCUCACUUUACCUACAAUUGAGAAAUACUUCUUGCCUAUCAUUGAAAUGGUGCCGAAGCACCUGGAGAACCUGCCUGACUCUGAGCUGAAGAAGGAGGCAAAGAACGAGAGCUCCAAGAAUGAUGCCCUGUCGGCCAUUGUCAAAGGCCUCAAGUGCCUGGUGUCCCGGCUCACCUCGCACCCGAACCUAGAGGACCUGAUGAAGCGGCUGGAGAUCUUCCGGCUGAAGAUGAUCCUCCGCUUCCUGCAGAUCUCAUCCUUCAACGGGAAGAUGAAUGCAUUGAACGAGGUGAACAAGGUGAUAUCCAACGUCUCGUACCCGCACCGACACCCUGGUGGCCUUGAGGAGGAGGAAUGGCUCACCGCUCAGCGCAUGGCUGAAUGGAUAAAGGAGAAUGAGGUGCUACAAAUCGUGUUGCGGGACUCCCUGCACCAGCCUCAAUACGUGGAGAAGCUGGAGAAAAUCAUCCGGUUCAUCAUCAAGGAGAAGGCCCUGACAAUGGAGGACCUGGACACGAUCUGGGCAGCGCAGGUGGGGAAGCAUGAGGCCAUUGUGAAGAAUGUGCAUGAUCUCCUCACCAAACUGGCUUGGGACUUCUCACCUGAGCAGCUGGACCACCUCUUUCAGUGCUUUCAGGUCUCCAUUUCCCAUCCUCUGAGGUCAGUUUCUUGGGGUAAAACAGCUAUAUAUGAUCCUGUGGCUUUCCAGACGAGUUGGAGCAGUGCCAAUCAGAAGCAGCAGGAGAAGCUCCUAGAGUUGAUCCGACGGCUGGCCGAGGAUGACAAGGAGGGGGUCAUGGCGAAUAAGGUUCCUUUGUUGUUUUCAUCUCAAUUGCGGGUGGGAAGCCACAUCAAUGAGUGCCAUUGUUUCUCUGUGCAGGUGCUGAAUCUCUUAUGGAACCUGGCCCAUUCAGAGGACGUCCCAACUGAGAUUAUCGACCAGGCACUGACAGCGCAUGUGAAGAUCCUUGACUACAGCUGCUCCCAGGACCGGGAUGCGCAGAAGCAGCACUGGCUCAACAAGUGUGUGGAGGAGCUGCGGGACAAGGAUGUGUGGGUCAUCCCGGCGCUCAAGCAGAUCCGUGAGAUCUGCGCCCUCUAUACAGAGGCCCCACAGAAUUUUGUCCACACGCAGAAGAAUCCUCACAUGCUCUAUCGGCACGAGGUCAUCAACAGGCUCCAGUCCAGUCACACUCUAGUCGUUCUCAUUGCCAACAACCUUAGUGCUUACAUGGAACGUAUCCGUGCCUACGUGAAGGAGCAUCCUGACACAGACCCAAAGGAGUAUCUACCUGAUGAGCGUUACAAUCAUAACAUUCAGGUUCAGGAGAGGCUCAGCUUCUUACGGUUCCUCCUCAAGUUGGAGGUGAUGAAUGAUUCUUCACAGGAUGGUCAACUAUGGCUGUGUGAGCAGCAGGCAAAGCAGGUGUGGCAGUGCCUGGCAGAGCAGGCAGUGUUCCCAUGUGACCGGGAGGCUUGCUUUCGUUGGUUCUCCAAGCUCAUGGGCGAGGAACCUGACCUCGACCCUGACAUCAACCGCCAAUUCUUUGAAGGGAACAUCCUCAUGUUUGACCCUACCCUCCUCACUGAAUCAGGGAUGAAGUGCUUUGAACGAUUCUUUCGUCAGGUGAACACUAAGGAAGGGAAGUUGAUACCUAAGAGAAGGACUCACCAGAUGGAUCACUUUGAACUCAUUGGCCUUGACUAUCUUUGGAAAGUGAUUUUGCAUAGUGGAGAUGAGAUUGCAACACGUGCCAUUGAGCUGCUCAAGGAGACAUCGACUAACCUUGGGCCAAGGCUCCAGGCAAACCAGGCAGAAAUCCAUGAGGACUUCAUCUCCUCAUGUAUGGACCGUCUCAAGAGCUUCUAUGACACCUUCUCCAUCUUGGAUAAAGAGCGGGAUGGGGGAGAUCGUGUUGACGUUGAGGUGACACGCAUGUGUCGUGUCCUCCGGGUUCUUCAUGAAUACAUAUCUGAGACAGACAAUGAUUAUCAUGAUGAGCGCCUCCUCCUCCCACUCUCUAGGGCCUACCAUGGGAAGAGCCUCUCAGUGACAGUGAGAUUCCCAAACCAAGGGAAGCAGGUGGAGGAGCUGGACCUGUGGUCCCACACCAAUGAGACCCUAGGGACAGUGAGACGCCACAUCCUUCAGCAACUGAAGCUAGCUGCCCCCUCACCUGGGAUGAAGGUGGACCUGUUCCUCAAUGGGGAGAUUCUUGACCCUGGCACUGAGGACAGGAAACUUAUAUCCCAGAUCUCUCUCUCAGACAAGGCACUCCCAACAGAAUUUCUCCCUGACUGCCUUCGGCGGAUUUUGACUGGAAAGUUAGUGCCAGCAAAUCCAAUGCCAUCGUCACCAGACAGCAGUUCAGAUAGCUCGGCUGGAUCUCCGCAGCACCAGUAUGAUGGACCCAAUGCUGAAGCUGAGAAUGCCUUGCCAGGAGUGGUCCUGUAUGCUCUGCUGAUGCCUGCAAACAUUGCACAUCCCAAUGUUAGCCAACAGCAGAUGGCAUUUCACUACAAUUUUGUUAAGAGUGGAGGGAUCCCUAUCAUCAUGUCCCUCCUCACACAAAACAACUUUUUGAAUGAAGCUGACAUGCAUACCAAGCGUGCUGUUGCUGCACAUGCAAGUGAGGGCCAACAGUACAUCAUGCCAUUGCAGCAGGCAUUGCGAAACAUCCCUAACCCAACUGCUGAUGCCAUGGCUGCCGCCCAUUUGCCUGACUUGCAGUUGAUUCAGCGCCUGAUCUGGUUGGCUUGGUCUGCAGCUGCAGGUUGUGUUGACAGAGCAGCAUCUGCAACACUCGAAGAUCUCAUGCAGAUCCGGCCUCAGAUCUUGCACCCUGACCGGGAUCCUGAGGAUUUGAUCUUGUGCCGAGAGACACUGGAAACUCUUUCAGUAGCCGUAGCCCUCCAGCCACAGUGCCUGGAGGUCUUGGUGCAGGACCCAUCCUUUGGUUGGAGCCUCCACAUCCUUGACCUCCUCCUCCUCUCCUCCUCCCGGUUGGUGCGAGUGACUGCAGCAGAGCAGUUCUACCUGAUGGCAACACAGUGCUCAGUGAGCUCAAACCCUCCAACAUUCUUCAUCUCCCUCAUCUUCUCUGCGCUCUUCACCACCGUCACGGACAAUGCAAAGAAUUCCCAUGAACUCUUCCAGCUGCUGUGUCGCCUUCUGAACUCUGCAUCCUCGUGCAACAUCAUGAUGCAGAAUGUUGACUCCCAACUUAAGGCUGAGAUCAGCUGGCUUAAGGAUGUGAAGGUAAACGUGAAGAACACUGGUGAAACUGGGGUGGAAGAGACGCUCUUGGAGGGCCACCUCGGAGUCACGCGGGAACUUGUGAACUUCCUUCCGCCAGAGAAGAAGUUUCAAAUCGGUUCUUGUCAAGAGAAGAAAAUCCUGCUCAUCCAGGACCUCGUUGAGGACUUUGUGUUCCCGGCAAGCAAACUUGUGGCUGUAUCGAUGCGUAGCAGUGGCAGUGGCGAUUCUGUGCUUGCUGAGCAAGCGACACCCGUCUGCAGCUCUCCCAUCUCCACUGCAGCUGUCUUCGAUCUCCUCGUUGCUCUCUGCACUGGGUGCGUGAAGAACCUGGCCGUCGUCUGCCGGAUGCUCACCGAGAUCGGCGAAGAGCGGCUGGACGUGGAGCAUCCGCUCGAGACCAUCGACGACGAGGGGCUGAGCGAGGAGGAGUGUCGACGGGAAUACAACAUCGGAAUUCUGAAGCAGGUUCAGGCGAUUUUUGGACACCUGGCAGCCAGCAAGCUCCAAUACUAUGUCCCGCGGGGCCUGUGGAAGCACUUCAGAAUCGCCAACGAACCGGUGAACCUGCGAGAGCAGCACGAUGCCCUCGAGUUCUACAACAGUCUCGUGGACAGCAUCGAUGAGGCACUCAAGGCCUUAGGGCAACCUCAGGUGAGAGCUUGGCAAUUCUUUUUUCAUAAACAGGGUUCCCUGCGGAAAAUUCUUGAAGGUGCCACAGCUUUUCAGUUGGUUAUGAGCAAGUACCUCGGGGGCUCGUUCGCGGACCAGAAGAUCUGCCGUGGGUGUCCGCACCGCUACUCGCGGGAGGAGUCCUUCACGUCCCUGAACAUCGACAUCCGAAACCACUCCACUCUGCUCGACUCACUGGAGCAGUACGUGAAGGGGGACCUGCUGGAGGGGGACAACGCGUACUACUGCGAGAAGUGCGACCGGAAGGUGGAUACGAUGAAGCGGAUGUGCAUCAAGCGCCUUCCGCAGAUCAUGGUGUUCCAGCUCAAGCGCUUCGAGUACGACUGGGAGCGGGAGUGUGCCAUCAAGUCCAACGAGUACUUUGAGUUCCCGAGGGAGCUCGACGUCGAGCCCUUCACAGGCGAGUUUGGCUUUUUCUUUCGUCUUGGUUGUGUCUCGGAGUGCCUCAGAAAA